AUGCCUCAGCAAAUCGUCUACAUUUUGUGUUUUACAGUGAUCCUUCUGUAUCUGGAGCUCCUGUUCUUUGCAAUAAAUAGCAAACGUCUCGGGCCAAAGGUAACAAUGAUCGGACACAUGACCACUGAGGCACUCAAAUUCUCUCCCUUCUUCAUAAUUUUCGUUAUUGCAUUCGGCGUCGCACAAUACUCCACUCUUUUUCCCUACAAGAAUGGCUUCAGCCUUGAAGUCCUAGAGGAAACUCUAUCUGUACCGUUUUAUCAAAUAUUUGGAGAGAAUUCACUUGAGGUGGUUACUGAAAGAAACGAAACCUGUCCAGAGAGACUCGUUGGUAAAAAGUGUCCCAGGACAAACCCGUUUACGACACUCUUGGUGGCAGUUUAUGUCAUGUUCAUGGCUGUACUAAUUAUGAAUCUGCUCAUUGCCGAUUUCAGUUAUAUCUUCGAUACUGUCACGGAACACGCUGAUGGGAUUUGGAAGCGCAAGCGAUUUUACGUCACGAAGUCAUUUCACCAUCAGUUUAUUCUACCAUGGCCACUUGGCGUUCCCUUUGAGUUCAUAAACUACAUCCGCAAUAAGAUUGAUCAACAGAAGCCAAAGAAGUAUCAAAAGGAACUGCCUGAAAAAGUGGUGCAUCUCCUAGAAAUGCGGUACAUGCUGGAAGACCACUGCCGGGAGGCAAUACUAUUAAAGAGGAAAGCGGAGGAGCAGACGACACUUUCAGCCCUACUCACCCAAAUGAACUCCGAACUGAACCACUUGGACAGCUUUAAGGAAUCAGAACGAUUUGUCCGCCAACAGCCGAUCCGAUACGUCCCAGAAACCUUUGAAGACCAGUUUCCGGGUAAGAUAGAUUUUCGAACUUGA